GCUGCCUGUGAGCUGGGCCGCGAUUCCCGCGCUAUUGAUACAGACUAAUAUGCGGCUGAGGUGAGCUUCCUAUAUGGUAAAAGAGCCAGGAUACCAGUCUAUCCCACGCUUUAUGCAAUGGUUGUAUCGCCGACCAUACAUUCAUUGUUUUAGGCAUUCAUUACCAAGCUGCUCUACGUAAGGGAUCAAAUAUAGAGUCCGCGAUGGCAUCUUAGUCAUCGCUUCCAUUUCCGCUUCAGUGUUGGAAUUGCGAAUCCGUCGGUCCUAUGUAUUCGGUAUUAUUCCUCCUUAUCGCAAUCACUCCUGGGAUUUGUCUCGAGGAGUCCUCACAUGGAGGCACACAUGACUUCCAUACAGGACCUUGGCCAACGACCGCUAGCAGUUGAUUUUCUUGAUAACCACCUACAGGAAUAUCAUCCGGCUUUUAAAGAUCUCCCUAUUCGAUUUGACACUGUCGCUCAGCGUUAUGUGCCAAUCCCCCAGGUAUCCGUAAUGCAUCUCAACUCCGGCGGGCAUUCGGCUAAGGCACCGAAUGCCGAAGCGACCCCGCCGGCUCGGCCUGUGGCUGGGGAAGUCGAUUCCAUGUCAUUUUGGGAUCGCAUCUUCCCUAAAGCUAUGGAAAAGUUUAAGAAAGACUAUCCUAAGGAGCCAGAUGGAAGAGAGAAGCAUGGUUAUAGCAUGCGAAAGGAAAAUUGGCGCGAGGUCAACACCCAACUGAGCAAGGCACGGAGCGUCUACGAAGGAGGUACCGGCCGCCUAGGUUUUAUCAAGUCCGGCGCCCGGAGAAUACUUAAGAACUUACAACCUACCGUGAAACAGGGGAUCAAAGUGGUUCCGGAAAUGGACAUCGUUUCCCCUGUGCUAGGCGCCGUGGAGAUUCUUUUAGACGCCGUGAAGCAAGCAGCAGACGUCCGAGAUUCUGUUUUUGCGAAGCUAGAUACGUUGCAACAGUCUUUCGAAGCUAUCGAGGUUUACACAACAAUGUAUCCUAGUGAUCAGAACAUCAAAGAUGCUUCUAUCACGCUAGUAGCUACUAUACUCAAAGCUAUUGAAGAUGUGAUAGGAUAUUUCACUAGAAAUCUCUUUAUAAAAGCUGCUAUUGCUGUUCUUACUGGCGAACAGUACCAGGAGCGCCUGAAGAAGAGUUUAGACAGCAUUGAAACUGAUAGUCAAUCUCUCCUCGACCAGGCCCAGUUUACACAAGGAUAUCUUAUUACGGUAAUAUGGCGGAGUUAUCCAGAUACGACACGAUACCUCGAGAUGCAACAGUCUAAUGCGAAUCUCACCAACGGCCUAAUGGAUCUACUACAAGAGAAUAGGCGCCUUUUCCAAGCGAAUAACGCGCUUCAGUACCAAAAUGGAUUUCUUCAAGGCCAAGUCCAGGCUCUUUCGCGCCCUGCGUCUCCUACACCAUCCAUAACGAUUCGCGAGCCGUCCAUCAGUCAAGAGGAACUAUUCAUACUAUUAGACGUUCCAGAUAUCCACCAAGAGGAUUUAGACGACAUAUUCUGGAGCAGAGACCGAAUAGCCACACGCGAGCAGGAGCGGGCCGAGCAACUAAUCAACCAGCACCAGUUCCGGCAGUGGGUGGUUGCGCCGACAUCAGCUCGACUCUUAAUCCACGGGGACUUCGGCACAGGUGGUGAAUUACAAGACUCCUCAGCGCUAUCUGUCUUCGUGGCUACAUUCGCGAAUGUAAUGAGACAAGCCACCGCAGCUCCUGUUCCAUCUUCGAAUCAAUCAGGCCAGUUCUGUUCGCUUGUCUUCUUUUGCGGCCUGCACACACGAGCUUUUCAUGACUUCGUUGGGCCGGGGUGGAUGGCGCGAAGUCUCGUUGCGCAAUUACUGUGCCAGGGUAUCGCGUUCGAUAUGACGGGCCUCGAGGACGACGUUGAUCUAGGUAGUGUGUGUGGGGACAGCAGUAGCGACGAUGUGAUGGUGUUAUGCGAUCUACUAAUAUGGCUUGUACGAAGAUUGCCGCCUGACGUGACGUUGUUCUGUUUCGUGGAUGGCGCUAUUUUCUUCGAGCGACCUGAUUACGCAUUAGCGGCGGGAUAUGUAUUGCGGGUAUUGUUAGACUUGGCGGAGGAAGAUGAGGAUGGAAGUGAGGGCCCGAGGUGUCGUGUUAAGGUGCUUAUUACGAGUCCGAUCGCGACGAGGAUAGUAAGGGGUUAUUAUGCAUUCGCCGAGGGAGAGAACUUGAUCUCAACAGAGGGAUUGACUGGCGUGAAUGGGUUGAGUAAGUGGCGUUUAGAAAGGGAGGUCGGAGAUGAGCUGCAACAGGCUGCUCAGGGGCAGGACGAUGAAUCAAGUGCUGAAGGUAACCGAUCGUACGGAAGAGUCUAAGUGAUUAGCCAUUUGUUGUAUAUCGAAUCCUCGGCAAUGUUUGUAUAAAAAGACAUCUUAGUUUCACGCUCGGACCAUGGUGAUUGAAUAAUGA